UAUGCGCAGUGAAUAUGUGGUGUGCGUAGGCCAAAUGUCUUGAUUCCGGAUUUAGGUGGAGUUGUUCAUUUUUGGCUUUUGUAGAAUUCAUUAUAAAGUUGAACAAACAAAAUACAUGCAAAAAAAACAAGAGGAUACUAAACAAAUGUAAUUGCAAAUCAAUUAAAACAAGAAACUUAACAAGAUUCAACCUGUCAUAACCUGUUUGUGUAAAGACAUUGUAAAGAUAUUUAUUAUAAUUAAGAGAUACCUGCUACUGUAUUUUGAGUAGUACGAAAAUGUACGAGUUGUAAUUAUUAUAAUUAAACACAAUGGCAGAGAGUGGAGAGUGCUCAUUUACCAACAAUAAUUUAACAGCACAGGAUGAAGAACUCUCGCAACUUGCUUUGCAACAAGGAAUUAGUGUUUGGGGUCAAAACCAACAAACUUUGGAAGAACAAGCACUCCAAGAACUUAACAUUUUAACAAAACAAAACACAACAGAAGACACUGAAGAUGGAGAAGUAAUCGAAAACAAAAAAGAAGCUACCUUUUCUUCCCUAGAUAUUAACUCAUACAUCCAAAGACAGGAAGAGCUAAGAAAAAUCCAAGAGUACAAAAAGACACUUCAAGUGAAUAAUAACAAGAGUAAAGUUAUUGCAGAUAAAAUCUCAGAUAAGUACAAAAAGAAGAAAAAACGGAAGAACGAAAAUCACCAAAAAGUAGUUGUAGAAAAAAAAGUGAAGUUGGAUGAAACACUCGAUGAAAAAGCGCAUUCUUCUGGAAGUGAAUAUGUACCAUCUGAAGAGAGUGAAUCUGAAUAUGUACCAAGUAAUUGUCUCCAACCCAGAAAAAAGAAAAACACCUCAGACACUACAAAAUUUGUGAAAGUUAAAGAUGAUGGUUGCUUGAAUUUUUUUAAAAAACGUCUGGAGGAAUAUUAUAAGCAUUUAGAAAGUGAAAAUGUUCUUGAAGAUGAUCCAGAUAACUUAGAUUUUUACACUAUUAAGGGUGGAUUAAAAAUACCCAUAAGAAUUUGGUGUAAUCUUUACACUUACCAACAGGAAGGUAUAAGGUGGUUAUGGAAUAUACACAGGCAGUCCAGUGGGGGCAUUUUAGGUGAUGAAAUGGGUUUAGGGAAGACAGUUCAAGUGAUAGGAUUUCUGGCAGGUCUAGAAUACAGUCAAGUAAUCUCUCAUGACCGGUUUAAAGGAUUAGGACCUACUUUAAUAGUAUGCCCCGUCACUGUAAUACAUCAGUGGGUCCAACACUUUCAUGACUGGGCCCCUGAAUUCAGAGUGGCAGUUCUUCAUCAAACUGGUAGCUAUCAGGGUAAAACACCCAAUCUUAUUAAAGAAAUGACCAAAAGUAAAGGCGUUGUGAUAACAAGCUAUGGUGGAAUUUUGAAAUAUAUUGAUUAUCUCACUCAGUAUGACUGGCAUUACUUGAUUCUGGAUGAAGGUCAUAAAAUUAGAAACCCCAAUGCAAAAAUAAGCAUUGCUGUGAAGCAAAUUAGAACUCCUCACAGGUUGAUGUUGAGUGGGAGCCCAAUGCAGAACAAUUUGCAAGAGUUGUGGAGUUUGUUUGAUUUUACUAACCCAGGCAUGCUGGGAAAUUUAAACACUUUUAUGGAACACUUCAAUAACCCAAUUGUACAAGGCGGAUUUGUGAACUCAACCCCAAUGCAAGAAGCAACUGCGUUGUCAGUGGCCACAACACUCAAAAACGUGAUUACUCCUUACUUACUGAGAAGAUCAAAAGAUGAGGUUCAAAGUCAUAUCAGUCUACCAAAUAAAACUGAGCAGGUUUUGUUCUGUUCUUUAACAGAAGAACAAGUAGAUUUAUAUAAAGGGUACUUAAUGAGUGACCACAUUGGUUCAAUAUUAGGGAAGAAUAUGAAAAAUUGGUUUUCUGAAAAUCAAACAAGAGCUAAUGUUCUUAUAGCUAUAACAGCAUUGAGAAAAAUUUGUAAUCAUCCUGAUAUCUAUUUACAUGAAGCUGAUGAAGCAGAGAAGAACAUUGAGGAACAGCCUGUAGAACAUCAAUUUGGUUAUUAUAAAAAAUCAGGGAAAAUGAUUGUAGUUUCUGCAUUAUUAAAAAUUUGGAAAAAACAGAAGCACAGAGUUUUGUUAUUUACACAAAGUAGAGCAAUGAUUACAGUUUUUGAAGAAUUUUUGAAGCAGCAAGAAUAUAAGUAUUUAAAAAUGGAUGGAAGUACAGCAGUGCGCUCUAGGCAAACACUUAUAAAUAAAUUUAAUGAAGACUCUAGUUAUGAUGUAUUUUUAUUAACUACUAGAGUUGGAGGAUUAGGAGUUAAUUUAACUGGCGCUGACAGGGUUAUCAUUUAUGAUCCUGAUUGGAAUCCUGCCACAGACACUCAAGCCAGAGAACGUGCAUGGCGGAUUGGUCAAGAUAAAGAGGUUACUAUUUACAGAUUGCUAUCAGCAGGAACCAUAGAAGAAAAGAUGUAUCAAAGACAAGUUUGGAAACAACUACUAAGUAACAAAAUAUUACUAGAUCCCAAAACUCACAAGUUCUUUAAAUCCUCUAGUCUGCAUGAUUUAUUUUCUCUUCCCGCGGAUAAUGCAGCCACAGGUCCAGAAACAGCUAACAUAUUUCGUGAAUCUAGAGUAAAAUUGCAAGAGCGAAUGCAGGAAAAAAAGAAAAAAAGCUCAGUUGAGUUUUCAGAAGACAAAAUCCAAGCUAUGAAAAAGCUAGCACAAGAAAUAGCAAAAAAUAUAGCAAAGCCACCAGAGCAAGAAGUAAAGAAAACUUCAUAUCAGCUCCAUUUAGAAGAAGAACGACAGAAGAAACUAGAAGAAAGACAACAGCUAAAAAGGUUGACUGUGAUGGAAUUAAGAAAUUUGAACAGAGAAAAGGAUAAAGAAAGACCAGAAUCUCCUGUCAAUAAAGUUGAUGAUUGUAAUGCAACUGUGAGUUUUGCUACAGCUUUAGAAUACUCUGAAACAAAUGCCAAGUUAUAUCAUGAAUUAAAAGGAGACAGGAUAACAAAAAGUGUAGAAGUCAAAAAGAAGAGCAAGAAGAAGCAUAGCAAAUCUAAAGAAAAAGAACAGUGCGUUGUGGAUAGAAGUGGUACAGUUGAUGGAGAAAAAGUUGAUGGUUUGGUAAAAACAGAAAUUAAGGAAGUCCAGAAAAGUGAAAAUAGUACUAAAAGUGAUGACCAGGAUCAAUACAUCUUGCAUAAAUUAUUUGCGAGAAAAGGAGUCUCAGGAGCGUUGCAACAUGAUUCUGUUGUAAAUAGUGGUGUUAAGAAACAUGGUUUAAAAGUACAAACAGAGGCUCAAUUGAAAGCUGAUAAGGCAUUAGAAGCGUUACGAAAAUCGCGUCUGAAAAAUUGGAGCUGGUGAUUCAGGUAUUUUUUGCGUUAUUAUGUAAAUUUUGUAUUUUUGUAAUUAAUAAAUAUUUAUGAAA